GCGCUGGCCUUGGGCCACGCGCUGGCCUUGGAGGAAGUCGCAGCCCACGCAAGUCACGUUGGUCGAUUGUCACAUGCACAAGUCAAUUGACCGGUGCAUUAAUGUUGUCCCCGUGUACUUUGCCCUGCAUGCAAGCGAGGCUGUGCCCUUCGACAUUUUGGACACCAAGUUCGACAUGAUCUUGGGCAUGUCAUGGCUGCAAAGCGCGGAUCACCCGGUGAACUUCUACCGCCGUACCGUUCACGUUCGUGAUCGGAAUAGAGUACUAGUCCCAUGCACGGUGCCUCCUCCUCACCCUUCGAUCAGCUGCCACGUGGUGUCCGCCGCAAGCAUUCGAGCUUCCAUCACGAGGGAUGGCAUCGAGGAGAUGGGGGUGUGUUUUCUCCUCACCCUCCCGCCCCAUGACAUUCCAUCGACGGACUCAUCACCGGACCCACGCAUCACCAAGCUUCUCGACGCUUAUGGCGACGUGUUCGAAGCCCCGCACAAAGUAGUACCGGAUCGGCCCAUCCGCCACGAGACCAUCCUCGAGGCCGGGGCCGUAGCUCCCCGUGGUUGCAUUUACCGCAUGAGCGAGGAAGAGUUAAGUGUGCUACGAGCACAACUCGACGACCUCCUCGAGAAAGGUUGGAUUCGGCCUAGCUCUUCGCCAUGCGGUGCUCCCGUUCUCUUCAUCCGGAAGAAGAACAAGGAUUUGUAUCGGAGUUUGGACGAGCAUGUGGAGCAUCUGCGCACCGUUUUGGACCGGCUACGACAAGCCAAGUACAAAACCAACCGCGACAAAUGUGAAUUCGCGCGGCAAGAGCUCGAGUACUUGGGCCAUUAUGUGAUGCCGCAUGGCAUCCGUCCGCUUGCGGACAAGAUCGAGACCAUCCGCGUGUGGCCUGAGCCCACCAACACCACGAACGUUCGCUCAUUCGUGGGAUUGGUGGGCUACUAUCAAUGCUUCAUCACCGGGUACUCAAGGAUUGCCGCACCUAUGACGAGAUUACAAUCGCCAAAGAUGCCAUUCGUAUUCAAUGACGGCGCACGUCGGUCAUUCCAAGCACUCAAGACGGCCAUGCUCAUGGUACUCGUCCUUAGCAUCUACGACCCCACCUUGCCAACGAGAGUGACAACUGAUGCUUCCGGCUAUGGCAUUGGGGCAGUCUUGGAACAACACGACGGCGGCAAUUGGCACCCUUUCGAGUAUUUCAGCCACAAAGUGCCUCCCAUCAACUCACUUGAUGAUGCAAGGAAGGAGCUACUCACGUUCGUAAUGACUCUCAAGUGUUGGCUGCACUUCCUCCUUGGGCGUCGUAGGUUCACAUGGGUCACUAACAACAACCCGUUGACCUACUACAAGACGUAGGAUACAGUGAGCAGCACGAUCGAAUGUACUUCAUCGACCAAUUUGACUUCACACCGAAACAUCUCGCUGGCCUCUCCAAUCG